UGUGCGCCAUCUAUUUCAGGUUUUACGAGCAGAGGUUAACCAGUAGCCUAUGACGGGAAAUGUAGUUUAUAGGUGAUUCUCGACACGAAACGCUGGAACUUCUGGAGUCUUUUCCUACUAGUCUUAAAGUUCUUGAACAGAUCAGCAGUACUGGAUAUUUGGCUCGAACGACUCGACAGCGGAUCCGCACGUACGCUACGAAAAGUGGUCGACAGGCGAAUAAAGUGCGAAACUUCUCACCUCUCGAAGAAACGCUUUUUUGACAGCUGUUAGGCGCGCGUCUUCAGCUCCAGCGAAAUUUUACGAUCUACGAAAACCUAGACGUGGAGAGUACUCCGAGCAACAAGACUUUAAUUUUACGUAAAUAAUAAUAAUAGUAAUAAAAAGCUUUCUUUCUUUUGUCAUGUAGUGUAGACCGCUGAAAUGCAGCAGGAGCGGCUACUCAAAAUCCUUGUCAUUGGAGAUUUGGGUGUGGGGAAGACUUCCAUCAUAAAGCGAUAUGUGCAUCAGGUUUUUUCUCAACAUUAUCGCGCGACUAUCGGUGUUGAUUUUGCUCUAAAAGUCCUGAAUUGGGAUCAUCAGACAGUCAUUCGACUGCAAUUGUGGGACAUUGCAGGGCAAGAGAGGUAUGGCAACAUGACACGUGUGUACUACCGAGAGGCCGUAGGGGCACUGGUGGUUUUUGACCAGACCCGUGCCUCCACCUUCCAAGCUGUGUUGAAAUGGAAGAAAGAUCUUGAUUCUAAAAUUGCCCAUGGUAAUGGGCGUCCCCUACCAGCUGUCCUGCUGGCCAACAAGUGUGACCAACAGAAAUAUGGUUUGUGUUCCCAACUGCCCAAACUCGACAGUUUCUCUAGGGACCAUGGAUUUGUGGGGUGGUAUGAGACUUCUGCGAAGGACAACACAAACAUUGAUGCAGCCAUCAUGUGUCUUGUAGAAAAUAUAAUGGCCACUGACACGGAGGAUGUUCCUGUGGAAUCGGACCCUAGUGUACUGAUCCUCCCUGCUUUUGAUUAUAAUCUAAAAGAGCGCAGUGACUCUGGGUGUUCUGUCUGCACAACAUUCCAGUCCAGCAAAAAAAACCCACAGUGAAUUAUAGGGUGAGAUGAUGAAAGAACACAGAACAGAGUGGAAAAGAAAAAUAUAAAGAGAGAAAAUGGUCACACCCUUUGUUGGGCCUUCAGAUAGUGCUGAAGUAAGCCUUUGUGGGAAAGACAAGACCAUGAAGCCUUAACACUUUUAUGCACUAACAUUUACACAUACCAAAAACAACAAUGUCAUCAAUAAAACAUGCAGCGUUUACACAGAGUUUUCUCUGAUAAAUACUUAAUGCUGUAGACUCGCAACUAAAUAAGGCUUUGUGGUUAUACUGCAGCAGAAGAGCAGCGUGCGCACAUUUGCCUCAACUUUGUGUCUGUUAAAGACUUUCAAGACUUUAAGUCUGCAUCCUCAAAAAUUGUGCAUGCAUUUGUGAUUACAUAGCAUAGGGGUGUGCUAUUUUAAACACAGUCUACAACAAGCUUGUACACUCAACCAAUACUUGAGGCUCUAAAAACACAGUUAAGUAACUAGACCGUUGCUGCUUAUCAACCUGAGAUAAAUUUGGGAUUUUAGGCAAGAUGCAGACCAUAUAUGGCAAACCCAUGUAAACCGACAGCAACUAGACAAAAUACUGUCUGUAGUGCUUUUUUUAGAGAUAUGCAGCACACAUAAUUUCACAUUAUGAUAGAUGAAAUCAUUAUUUAUGUUGUAUGCAAGGUUUAUAUCGGAGAUCAAGGAUGAUGUAAGAUCUUCAAAUGAAUUAAAUUCAGAGUUAAGCAGUCAUGUGCCAGCAAGCAUACAAAAUGAAUUCCAUUGGUGUGAAUAAUCAGCAGUGGAUUCACACAGUGAAGUGUGUGUGUGCACGUACGUACGUACGUACAUGAAAGCAUUAGCAUCAGACAAGUAAUUGCGCUGGAGUGUCUCGGCAGACACUGAGGAGGCACGUGACUAGUGUUUAAAUGUGUGACUGGUUUUUUAAAUGUGUUUUUUAUGUCAUGAUCUACAUGCUUACUGUCUGCUCACAGCAGUUUGUGUACCAUGUAUGUUUUGUCUGACUUGCAGAGGUUGUUCUUCAGCUCCUACCAUCCAUGCUUCAGUGCCCAUAAUUCAUGGAUCCCCACAGCUCUCUUACUAAAUAUGUUUUACUUUUUGACAUUAUUUGAGGAAGUGUUUUGGAUUGUGCAACUAUCUGUAUAAUGUCACAUCUCACAAAACAGUAAUCAUUUUUUUUUUCUCUCUGCUUGUUGUUUAGUCUUCUUUGCCACAUAACAGUCUGCCACAUGGCAUGUGUCUAACAGUGACCUUUACUAAUCCUGCUUUUUAUUCAGCAGACAGGAUGAUGAAUAAUUUUAUGGCAAUUAAUAUGUGACAGUUAAAUAUUUCUGCAGAAAAGAAUGAAAAGCUGUAACCAACCUUUACUAUGUUUUUUCUUCUUUUUUUAAAUAAAAGAUAUGUAAUUAUUUUAUAUAUUUUGAUUUUAUUGGACGUAAUAUUAAAUAGAUUUGAAGUUGUGUGCCCAGAUUAGCCUAUGCAGAAACCCUGUUACCAUUUUAAUUUCCCUUUAUUAAAAGGAUGUACUUUUCUAUGAAUAAUAAUAAAAACAAAUGUUAGGCUUGUAAGCGUUAGACGGUUUUAAAUAGUCAGCCCACUUACCAUUUUAUACAGCAAACAACUGAUUUAUGAAAACUGGUUUUAUCAGAGCCGCAUGUCAAUUAUUAUAUAUUAUAUUAUGAUUUACAAACACUUCGUGACAUCUUCGAAUCAUAAAAUGUUUAAAAUGUAAAAAAUAAAACACAUUUUUAAAUGGUCACUUCAGAAUAACCCUCAGAAAACGAUAAACUUGGGAACAUUUUACACAAAUCAAUGCAAUGAACAAGUGAGGCAUGGUUUCAUUUCAGCAUUAUGUGCAAAUGAAGGCUGAAGAUGCGCUAUGAUUUUGAGAGGUAACUGCACAUGUUAAACGUUUGGACGACAUGGGGGUGAACAGCACGGGCUAAUGAUAGUAAUGAUAGAGGGAGAGAGCAUAUCUAAUGCCUGAAGAAGUGCUGUUUUCCAGUCUUGGGCAAUAAUUGUAGGUCUGAGAGCAUCCUCAGCGAAUGUGUAUUGAUCGCUCCACAUGUGGUUUAGUUGUAGCGGGGCAAACAUGAGUAAGGGAGCGAGGAGGAUAUUUGCUCCUCCGACACUCCAGCAGAAGGAUGCGAUAGUGUCACGGCGCGUGGUCGUUUAUGAUAAAAGGGAAUUCCGUAAAAGUGCUUUGGACAGCAAACUAUUACCGGCUUUCGUGCUCAUCGAAACGUUAACGACUGUCGGGAGCAAAUCACAUUUGAAAAAGAAAAAACCGAGAAGAGAAGCGGUGCAAGAUGUUUUCGUGAAAUCAAGUUUGAGCAGAUAUUUUGGAUGAUACAGCCCAGCGGUAAAGUCUCCAUAAUGCUGUGGAUGAAGACAAAAUCGCUUCUUCUUUUUAUUUUUCCAUUGAUUUCAGCCCAGAACGCUGAACUACCUGCAGUAAUGGACAGUGACAUGCUCAGUGAAUUUGCUUACCAACCUGGGCCAUCGUACCUGAGUCUGACCCUGCUGGCUCUGACAGUGGGACUGUCUGGCAGUGUUUACCUCUGCGUGCUGCGGUACAUUUGCACCGGCUGCUGCCAGCCUGUAGUUGUUGGACCUGAAGAUGAGAGCAUGUCAGGAGUGGUGUGAUAGCAGCUUUUGUUUGAAAGCGUGUGUGUAUUCAUGACUGUGAGUUUAGUUUUUGUGCGUGAGCACUUAUGUUGGUCAUCUUGAGUAGUUUGAGCAGACGUUCAUUUUCAGCGCAAGGCUUUGCUGUAUUUAUGAAAGUUAACUAGGAAAAUUGGCACAACUUUCAAUUAUUUCCUUUAUUUUCAAACUAAAACAGCAAUGUUUCAUUCAUAAAUCUCUGAAAAUCCCUGAUUGAAUUGUUGCUGUUUUAUUUGAAAAUAAACGGAAUAGUUGAACAGUGUGCAGUUUUUCUUCGUUUAAUUUCAUGUUGUCUGUUUUGGAUAUGCAUAUUUCCCCCCUUUUGUAUUAUUAUACAUUGGUUGAGAAAAAUCCCUGAAUACAAUGUUUUUAUGUUCCCAUAUUCCCUUAUGAAACACUUAACUAUAAAUAAUUAUUUUUCAUUAUGUAUAUAAAGAGUUUAACUCUUCUUAAGGACAUCAGAAUGUUAAAAGUGUAAGAUGAAAUUUGUAUAAUAAAUUGCUUGUCACUUGUUAGUCACUUGAGAUAAAAGCCUCUGCCAAAUGACUACUUGUAAAUGUGAAAUUCACAGCUCUAAAGCCUGACUGUAUGUUGGCAGUAAAAGCUUUCAUUUAGCAUCUACGGAGUCAGGCAUUUGACUAUACUAAUGACGCAAAUGUUGACUAAAUGAGAGGGAGGAGUAGACCAUUUUAGCAGGCUUUCCAUGCUCGGUCAGUCAAGAGAACUCACUCACAAACCUCUGCUUGCAUUUUUAUGACACAAUCUGCAGUACCACACUCUACUUUAAAGGAAUGUAUAAAGAGCUUUUGUAAAAACAAUUCUGAAGCAAUUUAGAAAUCAAACUUUCACAUAUUUGAGUUAUUUCUUAUGAUCUAUACAGUGAUCCAGAAUCAUUUUUAGAAUAAAUAAAUCCAGUGCAAUUUUCUUUUACACUUAUAAGCGGAAUUUGAACCAUAUAGUGUUAUUUCCAUGUCAACAUCUCUUGUUUAAAUAAGUAGGAUGCUCCCUGAGGAAGUGAUCAGUUGCAGAAACCGUUGCCAAGGGCUACUGCUGGAUCUAGUUGCCAUGGAAAUAGUUGCACCUGUUUUCCUCUAGAUGGGGCUGUCACAUCAGCUGUUCAGAUGGCCUAACUGCAAGAAUCCAAAAUAUCUGCUGGACUAGAUGUUAAUUUUGUAGAUCAGUUUAAUGUUUUGUGUUUUCUAGUGUCAAACAUAUUAAUGUUUAUUGCAAAUGCAUUGUCUUUGUGCAUAUGAAUACCACACCAUUUAUAGGUUCUUAGUAAAUUUAUAGUAAUUUUGUUUUAAUAGUAGUUUUGUCAGUGAUGUAAAAACCUAAAACACCUAUU